GGGGAGGAGGAGGAGGAGGAGGGAAUCCAGAUGGGAAGGAACAGCAUCGGCGCCGCAGGAGAGAGAUAGAGAGACCGAGAGGAGAAGACGCGACAGCUUGGAGAUGAAAAACACUUUUGACAAACACUGAACGAUCGGAUUUCAUUUGGUGUCGCCAUGUAUUUUGGUAAUGUGUGUCACAGCGCUCUCCCGACGCUGACUCGUCCCACGCUGGGCAGGACCCCUCCCUCCCCCGACCCCAAAGCCCUCCUCCCCUUCCACCUGUUGCCUGGAUUUACCGACAUGGAUCACAUCCACAAAGCUGUGAUAGGCCCAGCCUUCGGGCUAACCUCACCCCUGAAGAGGAAGCCCAGUUCGUGCGGAGUCUGUCGCCUGAGAUUCAACUCUGAGGCGCAGGCGUCUUCGCAUUACAGUGGCACGAGGCACGCGAAAAGGCUGAAGGCUCUGGACGCCCCAGAUUCAAAGAUCAGGACCUCCGAACCAGUCGCCAAGGAGACCGCGGCGCAAACCCACUCGUCGCCCUGCUCGCAGCCCUCCAGCUCCGACACAACAUCAGGAGAACCCUCUGUCCCAAACCCUACCUCAGAACAGACAGCAUCGAGCAGUGGCUCCCCCGAAACUUUGACGCCGCCUCGUGACCCCUCCUCGUCGCCUAGCCUAGAGAGAGACACGCAAAAAGAUGGCGAGGUGGAGUCUCCGGAAGGGGAGACGGAAGAAGAGAAAGCCAUACGUCUUCUCUACUGCUCCCUCUGCAAGGUGGCUGUCAACUCGGCCUCGCAGCUUCUGGCACACAACAGCGGCACCAAGCACAAGACGAUGCUCGAGGCCAGAAGUGGGGACGGAGCCAUCAAGUCGUUCCCGAGGAUGGGCGUCAAGGCAAAGAUGGCCUCGCCGCCCGAGUCGUCAACGGGACUGCAGAACAAAACUUUCCACUGUGAGAUCUGCGACGUGCAUGUCAACUCUGAGACUCAGCUCAAACAGCACAUCAGCAGUCGGAGACACAAGGACCGGGCGGCAGGUAAACCGGCCAAGCCGAAGUUCAGCCCCUAUACUCCCAUCCAGCGUCACCAGAGUUUCCAGGCGAUAAGGCUGACUCUACAAAAGAACCAAGACCUGGCCAAACCCCUGGCCUCGUGUCUCCUGCAGCGUCAGCUCUCGGUGGCCGCCGCCCUGGCGUCGUUGCCCCCCUUCCAGCUCCAGCCUGCCACAAACUCGAGCCCCGCCCUGUUUCACAGUCAGCCCCUCCCCCAGGCGCUGCUCCAUCCGGCCCCUGGACCCAUGUGUUCGACACACACGUCGGUCCUGUUUUCCCCCUACUGACCCCGCUGAGCGUCUCGGUCCGUCAUUGACGACUGCUAAACGCAGACGUGAUACCCUCCCAGCGCCGCGCGCGCCACCAGACACCGUGAGCUCCACGGACCAGGACUGAAGACUAUUUGCUUGCCUGGGACUAAAACUGUAAGGCGGGUCGGGGAAGAAAGUACAAAGCAGCAAAUGAGAGAACGCAGAGUAUUUUCUGAUGUGAGUGAUGGAGUACGAGUGAAUGCACAGACGUAGCCUUCAUAGGGGAUCAGGAUUGUGUUCUUUUCCAACUCAAGGAAGUAUAGAUAUGAGAAGGGUGCAGAAUGCUGGACUUCCGUGACGACUACAGCUGUGUGUGUUUGUAUGUGCAGAUGUGCAUAAAAGAGCAUGCGUGAUUAUUAUUUUCCAAUAAACAAUGGCUGUGGA